AUGUGGGUGGUAGCAAGAAAUUAAUGCUCUAUGCAGUAGAGCUGCAUUUUGCGUAGUAACGAUUUCAGUGUUGCCACUUGCGAAAAGUAACGAUGAAAAGGAAUUUCCAAACGGCAUCUCACUCAAGCGCAUGCACACACUGAUUGUCAGCUGCCAUUGCCGUCGCAUGUGUUGGAGUAGGACAACAUCAUGGUGUUGCGUACUUUGGUCGCGGGCAUAAGAAACGAGUACAGCUCCGAAUACACGUCGUUUUGCCAAAAGCGUAGCAGCAACGAAUAAAUAUAAAUGAAAAAAAUCGGUGAAAAAAGAUCGACGAAGAACUUUGCUAGCAGGAGCGUCACCAUUAUUGCAAGCAACAGCAGACAAAAUAAAAUCGUGUGUUGUGUAAACUGCUGAAAUUCAACUUGCGAAGAGUGCCCGUUCAAAAUUAGUCGAAACGAACAAAUCUUGCCGGUCGCAAUCACAACAACAAGAGUAUUAUUGUCUGGCCAAAUGCGGCAACCGACUGGGCCGCAAUCGUUGAGCAGCAGGACGAAAGCAGCGGCAGCAACAUAAUUAUGGCUCCAGCGCUCACAGCAGAGCCUUUAAGUCCCAAGGAGAAAUUAACGAGCACAGCAUCGCCCGCCACCCGACAAUCGAGUCGAAAGCUGGAAAUAACGCAAUCUGCCAGUGCAAGCAAUAAUAGCAACAGCAGCAGCGAUAAUAAUAGCAACAACACAGCGACUGCAGCAGUAAAGAAAUCUGCAAUUCCAACAGCCCUUUCAACAACCUCAACGCGUGUCACACGCUCUAAGGACGCAGCACAGCGUCAAGCCUCACCAAUUGUAGUAACACCCAACAAUAAACGCAAAGUCAACAAUAACAAUAUUAGCAGCAGCAGCAACAUCCAAAAUAACACCAGCGGCGGUGGUGCGAACAUCAAGCCACAAAUUAAUGAACAAAUGGGCCUGAGCGCCGCCAAUGCACAUACAACAACAUCAGCAUCGGAAAGCAUUGCAAUAGCGGCCGUAAACACAACCGGCAACAACGAUAGCGUCAUCGGACCAUCAACGCCACCACCGCCAGUGGCCUUGGUCGCCACUGCUGAGCACAAUAACAAUAAUAGCUCCAAGGAUAAUUCUACAGCGCAACUGCUGGCCGAUUUGACCAGUGAUUUUGAGGAGGCCAUUACUGCCGAAAUUUGCUUGCGCAAAACGCUGCCGGAGGUCAGUCUGGGCAAGGAAUCGGCGGCAACUACAACAGCUGCUGUAUCCUCACCGGCCACUGAUCCUGCAAGUAAUUUGCUGCCUUGCUCCACGUUAUCUGUAACGCACAUGGAUGAGCAGUCCACAAGCUCAGCAGCAGCAGCAGCUCAAGCAGCGACGUUAGCAACAGCACCCACAUCAUUAAGCGAUCCUCAAACGCAGGCACGAAUACAGCCAACUAUAAUAUGUACAGAACAGCAGCAACAACAGGAACUGCCGCACAUCAUUAGUAGCGACGAACAACAGCAAAUUGUCGAUCAUCUUGAAGAACGCUUAAGCCAGCUAGAUGGGGGCUCCUUGCCACCUGUUGUUGACAUAACCGGAGGAACUUUGGCGACUGGCGUUACGCUGCCGCCUCCGCCACAACAACAGCCUCUGACGCUAGAUAGAAGUCAAGAUCAACAAUUGCAGGACCAACAGUUGCAGGAACAACAGCAGCAGCAACUUUUGGCUUCGCCCCAAACGCAGCAGACACGUCAAUCCGCAACGCUGCUUACACCGAUAAAUAAUUUUCUUAAAGACGGAACUGCCGGUGCAAUACUUGAUCAAGACAUCGACGAGGUGCUCAAAGUGCUGCAAACGCUCGAUGGCUCACAUGGUAAUCCGGAUGCGAUCUGUGAUUUCAAUUUCUUUCUGAACAACGAUGAAGAAGCGGCGGCACCAGCAGCUUCUGGUAUCGGUGUAUCCUCGUGUAAUGUGCCCAGCAGCAUAGAACCCUUGGACACCAAACCCAGUUGCAGUAGCAGUAUCAUCAACAGCAGCAUAGAACCGAAUGAUGUCGCCCAGCAGCUACUGAAAGCCGAGCAACCUCCCUCGAAAGAAAGACUUGCCGAGCUGGAGCAAAACUACCAUUUGCUAGUACGUAAAGUAGAUUUUCUGUUACGUCGCAUGCGCAAAUUCCAAGCGCGCCAAAUGUGUCAUCAUGUCAGCGAAGAGAUUGCCGGCGUCUUCGAAUGGGCAGCACGUACUUCUAAUAAAGCGCCACAGCCAGUUCGCAGCUCUACGCUUUCAGAGCAAGAUGCAACGGUCAUGUCGAUUGUGUCAGGUCGUCCGCUCGGCAAUUUUUGGUCGGAGCAAAAGAAGCAAGCAUUGCCCGCAUCACAAUUGGGCACAUUCUUGCGACACAUUGACACAGUGGCGCGACAGCAGCAAAUUUGUCACACGAUUGGUGGUAGCUCCUCCUCGCUGGCAUCAUCAUCGACAUGGUAUAGCAGUGCCGCCACGCCUGGUAAACGGCCACGCAAACAGUUACAGGAUGGGGUAUUGGCGAGCAACCAGCAGGGAUCAACGACAGCUGGUAUAUCUUCCACGACGUCCGCUGACAAAACGCCACGUACCGAUGAGAUUGUGCCUGACCUAGACACCUAUGUAACCGGUGAGCUAACACAUGUUUCUGGUAUGUUGCAUACCGAACUACGUGAAGUACAGAACGCUAUCGAUUCCGAUGCCACGGAAUCGAGUUCUGGUGGCGAAUCGGCUGAUGAAAUGGUUACCUACAACAAUUCACAGCAGUUAUCAUUAUCCAUCACACGCCGUGCAGUUUGGCGUUACUCACGAGAUCGCGCCGCCAUCGCCCUGCGCUGGUCCUGGUUAUGUGCACAAAUUGCCGAUCUGAGCAUUAAAAUACGCCAGCACAACGAUCUGUUCAAUGAACUGAGUCGUACCAAGGGCGAUGUGAUAUUGGCAGCGACACCUCCAGUAAAAAAUGUAGAAAAUUCAUCAAUGGCGACGACAACCACAGCCAAUGGCUACAAGAGUGCCACUGCAUCCUCAAAUGAUGGUUCGGAGGGCGACUAUUCGUGCAGUCGAUCGCGUCCGCUUGUACUCUCGGAGUUUCGUAAGCGCAAGCUCUUCCAGACCACCAACAUGCAUACGAUAUCGAAAAAAGCCGCAAGGCCCAGCAAUAUCAAAUGUGGUUGCCAAUGGCCGCAGGUGCCUUGUACGCUAUGUACGGGAAGACCGGACCCAACGGCGCCGCGAGAGCUGCCUGAAACGCUAAUGCCACAGAGCCGUGUCGGACUCCUUGAUUCUGGCUAUCAUCCAGUGCUUAGUUUCCCCGAAGACAUUAGCCAGUCAUUGCAUAUAGAGGCCAUUAGUCGUCAGCCGGAUUGGCAGUACCGGGUUAUGCGCUGUCAGACCAAAACGAUUGUGAAAAACUUUUGGAAAGGUGAACGCGAGGCCUUGGCGGCAAGCGGUGGCGGCACGGGCGCUGGACGCCGGUCGGGCGAGGCGGUGAAGCGUCGCUAUGUGCGACGCAAAGAACGUAAUAACACGAGCGGCAACAACAACAACAAUAAUAACAACAGCCACAAUGCAAGCGGUGGCAGCAGCAGUCACAACAACAACAACAAUACUACCAGUGGCGUAUUGGGCAGCGGUGCGGCGGACAGCGGAAACGGUACUGGUACUGCUACUUCUUCUACUACUACGCCUACUACAACGCCACUUGUGGCCAACACUGCGACGAAACAACAACAACGACAAGCAGUGGGGAACGCAAACGCAUCGAUUAUGAGCACCAAUUCAAUCUUGCCGUUGCACGCCUCUCGCCCACACCAACAGCAAAUGUCCAGCAAUCCCAGUACUUCACUGAUCUCCAGCAAAGGCGCUAAAAAACCACGCAAACUUACCGCCAACAAUUCCAUGCAACAACUACAACAAACACAUUCGUCAAAUUACAACCACAGCAACAACAACAUUCACAAUAGCCAGCUUAAUGGUGAUAACAACAGCAGCAGCAGCAGCAAAUAUCUGAGUCACACCUAUCAUCAGUGGGAGAAUACGCAACGCAGUCGAAAUUCGUCGCCCACAAACACUGGUGGCGGGGGCGGUAGUGGAAAGCGGCAGGAACGCUCCGCAGAUCGUCGCAGUCGUAUGAUCUAUGACAUAGACAAUAUCGUGAUACCCUACAGCGUAGCAGCCGCCACACGACCGGAGAUUUUGCCGUAUAAAGAAAUUCCAACACCAAAAUGGCGCGUUGUUGGUAGUGAUAGUAAGAAGUCACAGAAAACGUUAAAUGCAGACCAAACUACCGAGAAACCCAAGGUGCUGAUAAAUGGCUGCGCAUCGCAAUCUCCCAUAACAGCCCCUAUUGUGAACAACGAUCCUAACAAGGUGAUAACAGCGGAUGAUCAGAAGAAUGUGGAGAACUCAAAAAUUAUACCAAAGGCAUCUGUAAAAGUCAAUGGCUUGAGACUGAACUUGAAGCAGUCGCCAAAGGAGCAAUCGACACAACCUGGGGUUGCUGAACCAGCUGUGAAACUAUCAGAACAACAAACGAAUAAGUACAACAACAAUACUCUUGUUAAUGGCAACGGAUUGUCGGAGCCGAAAGGGGAUGUCGCGCCGUCGAAGGAAACGAAAGCAGCGGAAGAGUCAGCUCCCAAAAACAAAAUAAAUAAUAUACACAACAAAACGAAUAAUGUAAUCCAUAAUAACAAUAAUAAUAGCAAUAAGAAAACCGCUGAAUUUACAACAAAGCUGGAGGUAACCACAACUGCUACAACUAAAGUCGGCGAGCUGAAGGAAACAGCUUCGAAUGUGGAACAACCUCCGAGCAAGCGGUCAAAAUUGCAAGCGGCGAACCCAAUCACAGACGAGUCAAAAGCUGAUGAAGCUGCAAAAACCAAUGGCGAUGAAUCUGGUGAAGAGAUCGAAGAUUUAUCGGAUGAAGCCUUCCUAGAGCGACACCACCGAGCUCUUCUCGAAGAAAGAAAACGUUUUGAGACCUUUUUAAAAUUUCCAUGGAGCACACGAUCGCGCGCCAAUCGACGAGUUGAUAGUCGUGCCGAAUCGAGCGGCGCUAAUACACCAGAUCCGACAUCUCCGGCACCACAUUUGCACAACAGUUUAAGCGGUGGUGGCGGCAUUGGCGCUGAUAAUGAGAGCAUACCCUCCCCGCUGGCACAACACAUGUUUCAACAUCCGCUCGAUGGACUGAAUGAGGCGGAAGGAAAUGCUGCAAGCGGCUCCGGCAAAGCGGGUAGUAAGGGUGGCAAACGACAGGAACGCCGGCGUACCACCUCGAGUAAACAGAUUAAGGAUGUGGAUCGACGGAGCGCUACCCCCGAUUCUCGAGAGGAGCAAAGGCCACCUCUUUUUGAGCCGCUGCAAUUUCCAUUGAGCGAUGAAGUGUACCAGAAAAUGUUAGCGGGAAGGUACGCUGAACCGAAGUCAGGGAUUUCGAAGCGCGUGAAGAGCAAAUCAAUCUCAUUGAAUGGCGAUGGCAGCUAUAUGAGUAGAGGUAGUCGUCGCAGCAGCAAGGUCAAAGCCUCGGGCUCCAAGUCCAAGCUGGCACAGCAACCGCAUAUUAAUGGCGAUGAUGUGGAACAACAACAGCAAGCGACCAGUGAGGCGUAUAGGGGCAUUCCUGAUGAUUAUGAUGAUGGUGGUGUAGACUACGAUCACUUAUCUGGCGUUGAAUUGAUGGAGGAGGAUGAUGACGAUUAUCCGAAGCAUCAUUUAGCGCCACUGGAUGAUGAACAGCUGCCGCCUAAUUAUUCAGAUCCAAUAUAUGAUGCCUGCUACAAUGCGUACACGGGUGCGCCCACAUUGGAUGAGGAAGAUCUGGAUGAUCCAUUCAUGGAUGAUGACCCCAAUGACCCCGAGUGGAAACGCAGCAUUGCAGUGCGCCACGAGCGCAUGCGCAAACGCGUCUAAGAAGUAAGGCAACAGUUAAAGGAUAGAAAACAAAACAAAAGAAAACUUAUCCAAAGCUAUUUCUGAAUUUGAAUCAGGUCCAAAUGAUUUUUAUACAUUUUUGUCAAUUUUAAAAACCAUUUAUAAACUUUAAACAGAAGAGAAAUCCGUAUAUAAACAUA